AUGGUGUUUGGAAAAAGAAGAGUGGAAGAGAUUUCAAGUGAGGAUCAAGAUGCCAUAACUGACAUACAAGAGGAUUCAGGCCAAGAGCAAAUUGAACAAUCUCAUCCUCAGGCUCAUCCAAUUGAAACGUCAGAUUCAAAGUCAAAGUCAUUGUUGCUCAACGAAGUUAUUACUAGUGCAGCAAAGGGCAAAAAUCCAAGUGGUUCAAAGUCAUGGACAUGCAAGCAUUCUCCUGGAGGAAUUGCAAGAAGGGCUCCAAAUGUUGAUAAGGAAGUUGUUAUGGGUGUCAUGGAAGCUUUUGAAAAGAUGGCUGAAAAUGCCACAGAAAAUAAAUUAUUGCGUGAAUACAUGGAGAUGCCUGAGUCUCGUAAGUGGAUGUACAACAGAAUCGGCCCCAAUCGAGUUGGAAUUACUGAAGAGUUCUUGAAGGGGGUUGAGGAUUUCAUUCAAUUUGCUUGUCAAAGUAGUUCAGAUUUUCAAAAUACAGGAAAAAUAAGGUGUCCAUGUGUUAGGUGCAAAUGCACAAGAUAUCGUGGUUUGGAUGAUAUAAGGAUGCACUUAUACCAAAAAGGUUUUCAGCCUAGAUAUCACUACUGGACCAGUCAUGGUGAAGAAAUGCCGAAUAUUCCCCGUGACCCAGCUGUUGAUGUGCAAGCAGAUGCUGCAAAUUAUUACUGGCAAAGCAAUGAUCGGUCUAAUUUCAAUCCGUACGAGCAGAUGGUAAUGGACGCUGCUGGACCGUCGAUUAGGGAGGAUCUCUUACAAGAAGAAAAUUACAACCAGCAGUUCGUGCCGGAACCACCUAAUCCCGAUGCGCAAAGUUUCUUUGACAUGUUGUCGGCUGCUCAAGCUCCAUUAUGGGAUGGAUGUGAGUCGCACUCGGAGUUGUCAGCCACAAUGAGGCUUUUAAGCAUUAAAGCUGACUAUAAUAUGUCGCAGGAUUGUUUUGAUGACGUCGUUCACCUUAUGAAAGAGACGAUGCCUGCAGACAAUAGUAUGCCUGAAAAUUUCUAUCAAGCCAAGAAGUCAGUGUCUAAACUUGGACUUGGGUAUCAACGAAUCGAUUGUUGUAUAGGCGGUUGUAUGAUAUACUAUAAGAACGACGUGAAUUUGACGCAGUGCAAAUUUUGCGGGGCAAACCGUUAUAAACCUCGGAGAACUGGACGUGAAAAUUUGAAGGAUAUUCCGGUCAAACGUAUGUGGUACCUGCCACUAAUUCCCAGGCUUCAAAGGUUAUUUAGUUCGACAGUUACCGCAAAGGAGAUGAGGUGGCAUUAUGAGCAUCAAAGCGAGUCCGACCUCUUGUGUCAUCCAUCUGAUGGAGAAGCAUGGAAAUAUUUUGACAGAACAUUUGAAGAUUUCGCUUCAGACCCACGUAAUGUAAGAUUAGGCUUGUGUGCAGAUGGUUUCACUCCUUUUGGACAAUCUGGUAAGAACUACUCAUGUUGGCCUGUCAUUUUGACUCCUUAUAAUUUACCGCCUGGGAUGUGCAUGAAAAGAGAGUUUAUGUUUCUGACAAUAAUUAUUCCGGGUCCUCAUAAUCCAAAGAGCAGAAUCGAUGUUUAUCUUCAACCCUUGAUAGACGAGCUAAAUCAAUUGUGGUGCGAAGGUGUCAUAACAUACGAUGUGUUUAUGAAAGAAAAUUUUAUUAUGAGAGCUGCGUUGAUGUGGACUAUCAACGACUUUCCUGCCUAUGGUAUGCUGUCUGGAUGGAUGACACAGGGGAAGUUAGCAUGUCCUUAUUGCAUGGAGUGUUCGAAGGCGUUUACCUUGAAAAACGGUAGGAAAAAUUCAUGGUUUGAUUGUCACAGACAGUUUUUGCCUACAACACAUGCGUUUCGGCGGAACAAGGAUGCAUUUUUCAAGAAUCGAUUGGAGAAAUCACAACCUCCUCCACGUUUGUCUGGAGAAGAAGUGUUGGCACGAGUUUGGAACUUUCCAAAGAUUACUGAGACAGGUCCAUUAUCAUUCCCGGGAUAUGGUCAAGAACAUAAUUGGACAAAAAGGAGCAUCUUUUGGGAUCUACCUUAUUGGCGCAACAAUAUCAUACGACAUAACCUGGAUGUCAUGCAUAUUGAGAAGAACGUGUUUGAUAAUAUUUUCAAUACGUGUAUGGAUGUUAAGGGAAAAACAAAGGACAAUGUGAAGUCUCGGUUGGAUCUUUCACAUUAUUGUAAGCGCAGAGCUUUAGAGUUGGUGGAGUAUGAUAAUGGCAAAUCCUUUAAACCGAAAGCACAAUUUUGCCUCACUAUGGAGCAAAAAAGAGCUGUUUGUUCUUGGGUUUGCAAUUUGAAAUUGCCAGACGGUUAUGCAUCAAACCUAGGCAGGUGUGUAGAUAUGAGGGAAGGAAAGCUAUUUGGGAUGAAAAGUCACGACUGUCAUGUUUUCAUGCAGCGGCUACUUCCGAUUGCAUUGCGGGCAUUACCCGAGCCCAUUUGGGCUACAAUUACUGAGCUCAGUCAUUUUUUUAAAGAUAUAUGUUCGACUACUUUGAGGGAGAAUCAAUUGAGCAUCAUGGAGGACAAUAUUCCUAUGAUCCUUUGCAAAUUGGAGCGUAUAUUUCCUCCAUCAUUCUUUGACUCGAUGGAACAUCUCCUGAUACAUCUACCAUUCGAAACAAGGAUGGGUGGGCCAGUACAAUAUAGAUGGAUGUAUCCCUUUGAAAGGUUCCUUCAUUUCUUGAAGAAGAAGGUUAAAAAUAAAGCUCGUGUGGAAGGAUCUAUUUGUGAAGCAUAUAUAGUCGAAGAGACGUCGUCAUUUGCUUUAUAUUAUUUUGAACCACAUGUGAGCUCUCGACGAACUAGAGUUCCUCGAAAUUAUGAUUGGGGUACAUUCGACAUGGAAAUCCCAAGAAUUUCAAUAUUCAAUCAACCUGGUCGUCUUGCUGGUGUUGCCGGUAAACGCUACCUCACUGACAGAGAAUACAAUGCUGCCACAUUAUACGUGUUUUUGAAUUGCGACAUCGUACAACCGUUUAUAAACAUGUACACAGAUUAUGUUAGAGCAUCAGCACCUACAUUGAAUGAUGAUGCUGUCGAUUAUCAGAUUGAGAUAGGUUUCGCGUCAUGGUUCAGACAAUAUGUUCAUGAUCCAGUCAACAUGAUAACCGAUGAAACAGUUCGAAAUGUAGCAUUUGGACCGUUGAGAAAGGUUGAGCUAUGGCACACAUAUUAUGUCAAUGGAUAUAAAUUCGACACCGAUGCGUGGAGUGAAGGCAAGUCAACAAGCAAUAGUGGUGUAUGCAUACGGGGGACUGAUUACGGACAAUCAGAAAGUGACUACUAUGGAGUACUAAAAGAAAUUGUACAAUUCGAAUUCUCAGGACUACCGAUAAAGAAGAUUGUUCUUUUCAAUUGUGAGUGGUUCGACCCAACUCCUAAUCGAGGUACAAGAAUCAAUAAACAUUAUGGUCUUGUUGAGGUUAAACGUAGGGGAAGGUACAGAAAGUAUGAUCCAUUUAUAAUAGCACAACAAGCAGAGCAAGUCUAUUUUGCUCCUUAUCCAGAAGGGAUACGUGAUCGACAAGAUUGGUUGGCUGUGAUUAAGACAAAAGCGAGGAACACAAUUACCGCACAAUCAGCAAAGGUAGAUGAUGCCUUCCAAGAGAAUGAAGUUGAUGUUGAGCCAGUUAGAGUAGAUACUGAUCACCAACUCGAUUCUCUUGUUGACAAUGAUUUUGAACCCGAGGAAGUAGUUGUACAAAACUCCACAAGACAACCAAUGGUCGAAGAAGAUACUGAGGAUGACGAUGAAGAAGAAUUUGAAUCUUAUGAUUCGGAUACUGAGGGAGAUCUCGAAGACUACGAUUAA